ACGAUCUGUGUGUCUGGGCAUCCUUUUCGGUGCACUGCAAGAGAAUCUGGUUAAAGACUCAAUCUGGACUUACGGAACUCUCAGCAUCCUGACGACUGAUCCAGGCUCCGUGUCGGUCAGCGGGGCUGCAUCGGGCCUGGUCUCUGCUGGCGGCAGAUCCGCUGCAGCUGAAGCCUUCGAGAUGCCCCGAGCUCUCUGCAGCUGCACAACAACACCGUCACCGAUACCGGCCCAUGGACACAGCUAUGCUUUUCAGACGGAGAGCCAGGAUGUUGCGAUGGCUGGUGUGUGGUCGGUUGGGUCCAAUUUGGAUGUGGAAAGCACUGCUGCUGUUUGUGGUCAUUGCAUUUACAGGCCAGCUGCUGGGGGUCAUCUUCAACAAGAGCAGUGUCCAGCCAGCUGCCCGCUCAGUCUUCUCGUCCCCUGAUGCUCAGGGGCCAUCUUUGGGCUCCUGUCAGCCGCAUACUCACAUCAUGUUCCUCAAGACCCACAAGACGGCAAGCAGCACUGUGCUCAACAUGCUGUAUCGUUUUGGAGAGGAGCAUGACCUCCGCUUCGCCCUGCCACUGGGCUACCAGCUGGGCUACCCACUGCCCUUCAAUGCUCACAGGGUCAAAGGUUACAGAGGUCCCAGAGCCGUAGAGUUCCACAUCAUGGGCAACCACAUGAGAUUUAAUAAGCCAGAGGUGGAGAAGGUGAUGCCUGCAGACACAUUCUACUUUUCUAUCAUCAGGGACCCGGUUGCUUUGGCUGAGUCCUCCUUUGCUUAUUACAAAGAGGUAGCGCCUGCCUUUCGGAAAACCAAAGGCUUAGGUGACUUUGCUGAUGACCCCAAAAAAUACUACGACCCUCGUCUCCGCAACAACCACUAUGCCCGCAACCUGCUGUGGUUUGACUUUGGCAUGGACCAUAAUGCUAAUUUCUCCAUGACGCUGGCUCAGCGUGGCAAGGCCAUGAUUCACCGGGCCUUCAAGCUCAUUCUAGUUUCUGAGUACUUUGACCAGUCCAUGAUUUUGCUCAGACAUGCCCUCUGCUGGCCGCUUGAUGCUGUCGUGUCAUUCAGCCUCAAUGCUCGGCAGCAGAAGCCUGGUGGCAAUGCGGGGAUAAGUGGGAGCUGGGUAGACAAGGCGGUGGCAGCAGCUGGUGUUGGUGGUAGAGGGGGGCGUUCACAAGCCAAGACGCUGCCCAAUCUGUCACUAACGGAGGAACAGCGGGAGAAGCUGCGGCAGUGGAAUGCCUUAGACUGGUACUUAUACAAAGCCUUCAACCGGACCUUCUGGGAGGAAAUCGACAGAUUUGGUCACACUCAGAUGGAGCGAGAGGUGGCUCUUCUCAGGAUGCGGCGGGAAGAUCUGGCCCGGGUUUGUCUCAGGGAUGGCGGGAAGCCUGUGGAAGCACACCGAAUCCGUGACAAAAACAUCCGGCCAUUUCAGAGUGGAUUAGUCAAGAUUCUUGGCUAUGAGCUCCAGCCAGGGUUAGACAAUACCACCAGGACAGCCUGUCUGAGGAUGAUCAGGCCCGAGAUCCAGUACAAAGAUUUGCUGGAUGCUAAACAGUUCCCACGGGCAGUCCAAGCCCAGCCAGGGCAACAAAGCCAGGGCUUGAUGGUAGCAGCUGGUGGCUCUUUUUUAAGACAAGGCUUGUCCAGGACAGGAGAGAGGCUGGUGGGGGGAGGGGCUGGGGGGAGGACAGUGGACGAGGGGGAAAGAGACUGGGACAGAAGCCGUUUAAGGAGCAACCAGACUUUGGCAGGGCAAGAAAAAAGGAGGCUGAGAUAGUCUGUGGUAAGCCUUGUUCCUAAAUACAGUACAUUCGGAAUUCAAACAGAUAAAUUAAUGAAACUGAAAACUGAGCCAAGUGUGGUUUACAUUGGGGUUUCUUUUGCAUUUCCACUUUUUGGUCAUUUGCUUGUUUUCUUAAAAUAUGUCUUUGCUUUUAGGCAGAAACAUCAAACAGGAGUGAGCAGGGGUCGAGUACUUUGUCAUGCUUACAUGUAAUGUGCUAUGAACUAGCUAAAUUAAUUAACUAAAGACAGAGGUGUAGUGUUGUUUUAAGUGCUGGAGGGCACCUAUGACACAUUUGUUAUGGCUUGUUUCGGAGGCCAUGUUUCUACAUGGUAUAUUUACAAACAUUUUUUAACUGUAACUGACCACAUGAUCAAAUGUUGCUGAUCUAAUGAAGUCAGCUAACAUCUAGCACAGUGUUAUUAGGUGAUACCAUGGAUGGGGUAGGUUGGAAUUAGCAUGUCAUUAAGCAAUAUAGGUGAAUGAACAAAGUAUCAGCAUUGUGUUGUGAAUGAUCAAUUUAUUGACUUGUGCUGAGCAAAUAAAGCCACAAGAGUGCAGGCAGGGGUCAGGCUCAUCUAAUAGACGUGGCUGAGCAAGCUUAAAUUUACUUCGGGAAUUGUGCAGGCAGCACAGGCUAGCGAGUGUCAGCUAGCUGUGACUGGAGAAAAAAUAACUGAAUUCACUUUGCCCCUCAAAGGCUACUGGCAGUCACUGGUAUCUUUUAAGGUGGAAUGUGUUCUGUUGUGUUGCUCAGUGGAUGAGUUGAUGUCAUGAAUUAAUCAAUACACCUUAAAUGUCAAUCUGACAACUCGGAUCAUUCCAUUUGUUUUUAGUGAUGAUUGGUUCUUCAAGUACUUCAAAAAUGUAUAUGAAUUUCAUCUGAAUUAUCCGAACUGCGAAUAUUUUAUUUCCUUACUUGGAGAAAACAACUGGAAGAGUGUUGUAUCAGUGUGCUUUCAAUGAUAGAGUCCUGCUGCAGGUUUAACCAUUUCAAACCUGCACAAACAUUUAGAGAAGUUAAUGCUAAAUUUCUUUUCUAAAUUUCCAAAGUGUAAUUUUCUUCUAGACUACUUGUCAAUUCAUUUUGACAUUAUAGCCUUUGGGGCAUAUAAUAUUUGACAGCCAGCAAAGCAAUAAAGAGAAUUUGUUAAAUACUUACUCCUUACUUACUACAGACAUACUACAAGUGAACAUGUCUCAAGAGAGGGAAAGGAUGCAGGAAGGGGGACCAAGACCCAACAUGGAUCUACCUGGAGGUGCACUAUUGAAUGUUGUUGUGAGGCUAUAAAGUAAAUUAGAGUACAACACAUCUCUCAUAUGAUCAGGUGGGACUACUUCAUUCAACUUAUCUAUUGCUGCACUACAAGAAAUAGAAUGAGUGGGAAGGAUGUUGCAUAAUGCACCAGGUAUUGCAUCUCAGGGUUCGCAGUCUUUCAGUAAAACAGAGGGCAAGGACCUCCACAAUUUGGCUGAUUGAGGCUGCAGAUAUGGACUUGACUCAACAGGCUCUAGAGGUACAGUCCUCACAUUAGACUCAUGAACACACAAACAGUAAACUAAUGAGAAAGGAACAAUAGUCUGUUUUCCCUCUGAGCAGUUAUUAAAGAGCAGUGCCAGUGCGAAAACAAAAUGAAACAAACAGUUACUGGCAUUCACCCUACUCCAUCCAUCCAUCCAUCCAUUUUCUUCCGCUUAUCCGGGGCCGGGUUGCGGGCCCAGCAGUCUAAGCAGGGAUGCCCACACGUCGAGAGGAGCCAGCUGAGGUGGCUCAGGCAUCUUUAUCGGAUGCCUGCUGGACGUCCCUUCCUGGGAGGGCAUUCCCGGGCAUGCCCCACCGGGAAGAGGCCCCGGGGAAGACCCAGGACACGCUGGAGGGACUAUGUCGCUCGGCUGGCCUGGGAACGAUUCGGGGUCCCCCCGGAAGAGCUGGAGGAAGUGUCUGGGGAGAGAGAAGUCAUUCACAAUACUAUUCUGAGGAUUAACACUAGGGCUGUCAACAAAUAUUCUAAAUUCCAAUGUAUAUUCAAAUUGUAAAAAAUCAAUAUUUUAAUGAAAUGAAUAUUCAACUGUGGAAAAAAACAGUAGAACACCAUCGUGUGGCAGCUGCACUGAAGACAUACAGUAAUCACAGAACGUUUCAGUUUGUUUGUUGUUUUUUACUGGGAAAAACUCUCCUGUCAUAAUGUCAAGUGAAAAUAAUUUCCAGAGUUAGUUGUGAAAAUAUUCUGGCUCUACACGCUGUUUUCACGCUGAAAUAAUAUACAAGUAGUAUUUUGCAUAAUGUGCAAAAACAGAUAUUUGAAUGGAUUGAACCUAUGAGGUUUUUUAAAGAAAUAUUUGAACUCAAUUUUUGGUCAGUUGUUACAGCCAUAACACUCACACAGUUUUUCCUGACUGCCCUUAGUAUUACAACAAUAGCCUAACAUCAAUGUCUGUGGGAGUAGUCACAUCAUUUGCAAUUUUUGUAAAACAGCAGAAUUUACAGCUUCAAAGUUUUGGGCUUCGUAACUUUGCAGACAUUUUACAUGUACUGAAAAGCUAUAUAAAACACUAAAGGAAAGGGAAAAUCAAAAAGCAUAAUAUGACCCCUUUAAAUACCGCUUAGUAUUACAAAAGAGGAUUUGGACACAUUUUUUUCCGUCCACAAUCUGCUAAAGUAGAUGGAAUGUAUCCAUCUUUGUGACCCUGCAGAGACAUUCCCAUGGAGAUCCAUGUCUUUGUCAUGAUGUGACAUGAUAUUUUAAUACUGAACUUAGAACAAGGAGGUAUUUUGGCACAUUUUAAAGAAACAUUGUCACUACAGUUCUAACACUAACAGCUAACUAACACAUCUAUUCCAAAAGGACAAUAGUGUUGCUCACGAGAUUGCCCAAAAACAAAACACAGCCGGACUGUGGUUAGACCUGACUUUGCAUGCGUGGAGUGCAGAAGCACACGUUAUGGAUUAUAUAGUCAAAUUACCUUUGCAGUUACAGCUUGCUGUAACAAACAACUACAUGGUUGAAAUGAUAGGUAUCACUAUCGUAGACUGGUAAUGCUAUUAGUCCUAAUUUCCCCCCAAAUGAACACCAGUUUUACAAAAAAUGCUUUAUUUAACUUAGAGUAAGAGGCUGAACUCUGUGUCUUCAGAACGCAUUGUUGGGCAUGCCUAUCUCAGCACUGUUGUGUGUGCUAACCACAGCAUGGAGCAUGUGGUGAGAAUAUUUUGUCAUUAAGAUGCUGCUGUAUGAAGAUUCAGAUGGAAUCUAAUAAUUAUUGGUUACUACAUUCAUAAGAACUAUUACUAUUACAUAACAAAACCACAGACAGAGACAUGUAAGUACAAACAGGAUCUCACUUGAUAGUUUUGUGCAUACCGACAGUCCAUAAACACAGAAUUCCUAAAUUUGCACACACACAGAAAUGUGUAUGUGUGUGCUUGCUAACAUUAUCUGACUGUUUUUUUCUUGCUGUUGUCAUUACCGUUGCCAUUGUUUUCCAAAAGUCAAAAACACAUCAAUGGGCCUCACUGUUGGAUCUUUCAUUAUGAUGAACAUGGGUACUGUGGUUAUAUAUAAUAAUAUAUAUAUAAACAGGAAGAACAGCAAAUUCAAACAGGAGUAGGUGUGAAAACAGGGAGGCUUCUUACCGAAAUAUAUAAAAAAAAUAAAAAAAAAUAGGAGAAAUUACUGUCUCUGAUGUUAGCCUGUUUCAAAUGAAGUCUUGUCUCUAGACAACUAUAGAAUUUUCAUUUCUUCUAAAGUUGAAAGUUACUUUUGAUGGAUGUUUUUUAAAUGCCAUUCCCUUAUUUGUAAUGUUUUGGGGUUUUUUUGUUUGUUUGUUUGUUUUUUUUUACAAAUUAAUGUUGCUGCUUUGUAUGAAUGGUAUGAGUAUUACAAUGCUGGCACAUCAGAAUACAACCUGUAAGGGGUUUUAAGAAGGCUCUGAAAAGAGUCCAUGGUUCUCAAAUUAAAGUCAAUUAUACUCUAAACUACAGCAUUUAAAAUCAAGUAAAACCUCAUGUUUGUGUUGAAUGAAAAUGAAAAUCUCAACCAUUCUCCAGCAUCUGGUUGUCAUGUGUGGAAACCAAUGCAAGCACCUUGCUAGCGGUGUGGGGCUGAGAAGAAGGCAAACUGGUCUGUGAACAAAGAGUCAGUGCACUUUAAAGUGAGACAUCUGUUUGCUGUGGCUUUUACUGCUGGCAGUCAAACCAACAAAACAUAGUCUUUCCUGUGAUAGUGUCCAGUGUCAGGAAAGAGCCAUGAUGAGCCUUGUAGUUUUUAAAAAAUAAGGCCUCACAUAGUGUGUUAUUUUUCAAAAUUUACAGAGCUCAUAGUGAAUUAUCCUGCUUACCAGCUGUUUGCCAGACCAUAUUAUUUAGUAUUGUUUAUUCAUAUUACUUUUCACUCUUUAUAGUGCCCAUUUGUGUCAACAUUCAUCUUUGCCAACCUUGGAAAACAUGUUACAAUUUGGAGGUGCUUGGUGUUACUCCAUGGCAGAGUGUUUCGGUUCAGCUGUUUUAUUUCCAAGUGUAUAUAUGCACAGGCUGGCGUGCCUAGACAGGUGUCUUCAGGUGCAGUUAUGGAAUGAAGGUUUGGAGACAGCUUGAAGUGUGUUGAACCUGGGAUUGUGUGUCUCUUUAAAAAAUCCAAUACUGAACAUUUGACUGAUUGAUGCUAAUAGUCCCAAACAAAGAGUUCUUCCACAGAACAGCAAAGUGUAUUCUUCAACCUUUGCAGUGUGAAUGGUGUCACCUUUCAGCAGUCAGCCUUCUGUGGGGAUUGGUUGUACCACAUUGUUUCUGAAUGGCUACCUCGUCUGUUUCCCGUGGUGAAAAGGAGAUUGUUAUUCGGCUUUUACAGACACUGAGUGAAAGGGAUGAUAAAGAUUUAACAAAGAGGAAAGUACUGUAUUUAUUCAUUUUCCUUUCUUCCGGGCAAGUUUUGUCUUAUAUUUAGUUCUGUAAUCUGAAAUGCAACUCUCAGACACUUGGAAUUUGCUGCUGUUUCAUCAUCCACAGUUACGAUCUUUGUAUGCAAAAAAUAUCAUCACAUCACAUUUCAAUUACUAAUAAUAAUAAUGUGAUAAUAAAAUGUGAUAUGGGACAAUUUUACAUAACAUGCUGCUCAGCAGCAAUGUGUUCUGUGCUACAAAUGGUGGCAGGAAGCUACACUACAGAAAUACUAUUGAAUAAAACUGACUUAACAGAAGGGACCUUUCUUGGUGCCUGAAUGUUCUUUAUUCCAACUGAUUGAAGAUUGCCUACCAUCUGGCAAGUUAGUAGAUGAAACAUUCUUCCCUUAACAAUUUUUUAUUAGCUGUUCAUGGAUUGAAAUGUCAAGGUUGCAGGACAUGGUCAAUCACUGUUAACUGGCACAGUUUUUCAGGCUGAUACUGCCAAAAUAUACACCAAUAUACCUGUGAUAAAAUGUCAAUGUAUUGGCCAGGCUGCAAUGCGAGAUAUAGAAUAAAAUGGCUGAUUUACAUGAAAUAUGUGUGUGUAGCUCUGCCUUCCAUCCAGAGCCACCAUCAGGUGAGAACUUCAAUUUUUCAGCCACAUACAUACAAUUGUAAUGGGCACAUUGCCCUGAACUAUUCUGCACAUUCAUUAAAAAUCUUAAUGUUGAGCAGUUCAUAAGCUUUCUUUAGCUCCACCCUCAGUCCAAAAUGUCAACUUUGCAUACAAGAUAUCUCCUCUUAUGCAGAUUGCUCUCGUGCCACCAUCAGGACAAACAUUAUAUAUUUUGCUCCACCACUUGCUCCAUUUGCGGUUGUCACCCCCCCUUAUCUAAUCACCAUUCUAUAUACUGGAUUUAUCAGGGUUUGUUCUCUUUUAAGUUAGGGUAAAGGUAAGAGGGUGUUUAUCACAUCACAUUAUGAUGGAUUUCACUAUUGAUGUUGAUAAGAAAACCUUCAAUCUCCCUCACUCAUCUAUUUGCCCAGUCUGUGUUGAAUUUGGAUGGGCCAUAAUUCAGUGUUAUCGUGUAUUGAUUUCAUAGGGAGUCUGUGAUGCUAUUGUUUUACAAAAUGUAACUGUACACAUUUGGAAUUUCAGCAGAUUGUAAUUAUUGCUCAUUUAUCAUUAUCAGUGUAAUUAAUGAAUGUUUGUAUGUCAGAAUAGUGAGAUAAUUACAGUGUGUCAAUAUCAAGAGAAGAUUGUUUGAUUUCUCAAAAUAAUGGUGAAGAAUAAUCACAAUAUUGGGAAGACCAUUUGAAAUACUAAAAAAUGUUCUUUUAUUAUCUUAAGAACAAAAUGGUCGAUCAAUUGAGACAAAAAUAUGUUCUCUCAAGACAAAAAGAUAAUUAUGUGUUAAUUCCCAGAUAAUGACUGGUAAUCACAACCACAAAAUCAUCUCGUCUUUAUCUCAUACAUGAUCUUUAACUCAUAAGUGAGAGAUAUGAAUCUUGUAAUUAUGAUGUAUUUUUUGAUUAUAAGAUUUUUUUUUUCAUUGGUGAGAACACUGUGGUUCUGUACACGCUGUGUGUACACGUUUUUAAUCCUUACACUCCCAGUUACACAAGCACACUCUCUGCUUAAUUUUCAAGCCUGUCUUCCCACAUACCAUUAAGCUUUGGUUUCAUUCUUCCAGGAGAUAUCUGGAUAAGAAAGGUUUUAAAGAUAGUACUGUGAUUUUAGGUUUGUUUAUAAUAGGCUAUUAAUGGUUUCACACAUGAACACAUUGUAUGUUACAUAGUGUGUAAGACUGUCUGUAUAAAUAAAAGGUACACCUUGUGUCAAACCCUUUUCAAAUCAACUUUUUCAGGCUUUGAGUGGAAUCAUCGUGCACACUUUAUCUGAACUGCUACCAUCUCUGUUCUACAAUUCCCACCCCCUAGGUAGUUACUUACAAGAAGUACUUUAUUGAUCUGAUAUUCUCUUUAGAUGUUCAAGAUUUGACUGAACUGAAAGUGCAAGAGUUCAUUCAGAAAGCAACAGCGUAUUUUGGCUUACUUGAAACUGUGUUUGACGAAAUGUGUAGAUUGCGCUCUUUGUGUGCAUCCAUUGAGUUGUUUUUCUUCUUGUACUGAA